UGGCGCCAAACCUUAACCAAUCCCCCGUCUCCUCGCUCGCUCCCUCUGCCUGGACCUGGAGGUCAGGUCUCGUGCGCGCCCGGCUUUCCUCUCCUCGCCGCCAACCAAUCUGACGCCGACGCGUCGCCGUCGCCGUCGCCGUCGCUAGCUGUUUGCCGACGAUGGCCAAGGCCCGCAGGCCGCCGUUAGCCGCCGCCGAGCGGUUCCUCGGGUACCCCCGCGGCGGGUCGCCGGGGGCCGUGGCGCCGGCGCCAGCCGGCGACGACCUGCCGGACCUCGCCGAGGCCGACGUCUGGUACUCGGCCGCCGAUUCAGGGAGCCCCUGCCCCGCGGCCUCCCGGCCGGUGGAGGCGGAGGGUCGGACGGCGACGGCGGGGGGCGUUGGCGGACGGGCGGCGCGGCGCGGGGUGCAGGGCGGGCUGAGCCGCGCGUUCGGGGACGGGCCCGGGCGGCCGGUGGCGGCGUCGGCGCCCGUCGAGGUGCCCGCGUGGCCGAGCCGCUUCGCCGUGCCGGACCCGGAGCCCGCGCUGCUGUUCGAGAUGGAGAUGGACGACGGCGGCGCCGACGGGUGGGUGCCGCCGCACGUGUACCUGGCGCGGCGGCAGGCGCGGGCGUCGGUGGUGGAGGGCGCCGGGCGGACGCUCAAGGGCCGGGACAUGUCGCGGGUGCGCGACGCCGUCUGGAGCCGGACGGGCUUCGACGGAUGACGACGACGACCAUCGAAAGCUUGGGUUUUGAUUCCCCUUUUCGCCUCUUCUUCACUCGCUCUCAGAUUUCUCCUCCUCUCCUUUUUCCUGGACGAAAAUUUUGUAACACGCGCGGGUUGCUGCUUGUUUUUGGCCUCCGAUCCAUCGGCGAUUCAGUAGUAGAUCAAUGGGGAUCAAGAGCUAGAGAUGAAGCAAGGGAUGUGUGGUGUGUAGUAGCACGAGUAUAUAGCUCAGCAAGUACAUUCAUCGGUUGAAUAAUCUGGUUGCUGAUUGGGCAGUUGGGUACUCGCUGGCUCCAACCAAACUCGGUUGGAGCCUGAUGAUUGUUUCCUUUGGGCACUUCCACUAGUUUGUUGUGGCCUCCAAAAGAUAAAAAAUCGGCCAUGUGUUGUGAUCCAAA